ACCGGAAACAGGAAGUCGUAAGCCGUAACUACAAAUGCUGAUGAGCUAAUAGCGAAAAACGCACAUUUAGACCCUGUUACUGUUCGUCGUCGUUUGUUGUCGAAAGGGAUUUGCUUCUUCUUUAAAGGAUAUAAAACUUCAAGAUAAUGGCUGCUGACUGGUUGGGUAGUUUGGUGUCGAUUAACUGUGGGCCAACGCUGGGAGUCUAUCAAGGAGAAGUGUCGUCUGUGGACCAGUCAAGCCAAACCAUCUCCUUACGACAGCCUUUCCAUAACGGAGUCAAGUGCCCCGUUCCCGAGGUCACAUUCAGUGCCAUCGAUAUAAAGGAACUAAAGAUUUUGGACAUUAGAAACAGCAAUGCUAGGACCACAGCCACAAACGUAAGCAGCGUGCCCGUUGCAGUCCCAAAGGGUGACCCCAGAUCUGUUGAGAAACUGAACUCUCCACAGCAAUGCUCGAAGAGUUACGGAGACCGUCACCUGGAUGCUCUGGGCCAGCCUAAAGGGUUUCGUCGAAGACACAACUCCUGGUCAUCGAGUAGCCGAGGGCCAAACCAAGCAACACCAAAAAAGAAUGGCAUGAAGAACGGUCAGAUGAAGCACAGAGAUGACGAGUGCUUCGGAGACGGCGUGGAUGAUGGCCUGAAUACAGACUUUGAUUUUGAAGGAAACCUGGCACUUUUUGACAAAGCGGCAGUUUUCUCGGAGAUUGACACAUCAGAGCGCCGUAACGGUGCACGGUCACGUGGCACACCUCAGGAUCAGACGCCCUCACGGUACCGUCAUGAUGAAAACAUCCUGGAGGGUAAACCUGUUGUUUACAGACAGAUUAUUGUACCUCAGCCUGGGGCCAAUGAAUACUGUACUGACUCUGGACUUGUGGUACCAAGUAUAUCCUAUGAGCUGCACAAGCGUCUGUUGUCUGCUGCCGAGCGUCAUGGUCUCACACUGGAGCGAAGGCUUGAGAUGACUGGAGUGUGCGCCAGUCAGAUGGCACUUACAUUACUAGGAGGGCCCAACAGAUUCACGCCAAAAAAUUUACAUCAGCACCCCACAGUGGCGCUGCUGUGUGGCCCUCAUGUUCAGGGAGCUCAGGGCAUCAGUUGUGGUCGCCACCUGGCCAAUCACGAAGUGGAGGUCAUCUUGUUCCUGCCGAACUUUGUCAAGAUGCUCGACUCUGUGACGAGCGAGCUCACACUCUUCAGUAAAACUAGUGGCAAACAGGUGUCCAGCAUCAAAGACCUUCCCGACACCCCAGUCGAUUUGAUUAUAAACUGUCUGGACUGCCACGAAAACACAUUCCUGAUGGACCAGCCUUGGUACCGGGCAGCUGCAGACUGGGCCAACCAGAACAGAGCACCGGUGCUCAGUUUGGAUCCUCCUGUAAGUGGGCAGGGCCAUGCGGUUGAGGCGAAGUGGUCCCUCUCGCUUUGCCUCCCGCUUCCUCUGGCUGAGGGGGCCGGCAGGGUUUACCUGUGUGACAUAGGUGUUCCUCGCCACGUGUUCCAGGAAGUGGGAAUCAAAUACCAUUCUCCUUUCGGCUGCAAGUUCGUCAUCCCUUUACACUCUGCUUGAAACGACUGAUUUAAGGUUCUCACGUUUCUUGACCUUUUGGGUUUUGGCGCCUUAUGUUCCGAGAGGCUAUGCUGAUUUUCAGUUCAGCAGCUUCUGAUUCAGUGUUUAAACUGGACUGUACCAUGUUAAAGGACCAAGGUUGUGUACUUUAAUGUUCAGGUAUCAGAACAUGUGGAUGGAGGAAUAAGCUAUUGAGUCGUUAAUUAAAAGUAGAUGUUCUGACCAUUGAAAGUUGUAGAUAAGCUUUAAGGGACGAAAUCAUUUAGGUGUUUAAAGUUGAAUAGGACAAUCUCUGACUUUAAACGACUUUUAAAGCCAUCGGGUGUGUUGGUGUAAAUCCACCAUAUAAUAUAAUGCACACAAUGUUUCAUAAAGUGAUCCGAGUUCCACUUUCAGAGAUCAGUUCCUGUUUUCAGCCUGGGUCUGCUUUACAUUGGUUUUCAUGAGCCGAGAAGACGGGUACUAGAUGCAGCUUCAGUUCCUCAAGUGGCCGUAGCCUUUUUCGAAGAGAUGAGUUUCUAUCCAAGCUCAUUUCUGUAAACUGUUAUAGGUUAGUUUUUCAACAACGUGCAAUUAAAUUUUCUCAGCUUUUUCUUGUUCUGCGAAAAUUAGAGCGUCUGUUUUGCCAAGUCGCUACUUAUCAUCCUAAAUUGCACGCACAUGGUGUAACAGUAGUCUUAACCUGAGUUUUGAGAAUAAAACUACAGGCAUGUUUGACUAAUCUUAACGUCAUUUGAUUGUUGAAGUUUAAAUUUGAUAGUUUCACAUUAGGAAAUUUAGACUGUUGUCUAUUUUAACACGGUGAGUUGGUCAGUUGUGCAGCCAUUUGUUUAAAAACAGUUUUGUUCAUGCUAAAGAUGACUUUAAUUAGAACUCUGUGGGUUGACUACACUCAAAAUAAUUGUAGUCUUUUUGUUUGAUCAUUUGAGAGGAAGUAAGUUUUACACCCUAAAUAUUUGUACCGUUUUCAGAUGAAGGGCUAUCGCUAUUUAAAAGUUCCACUUAGGGUGAAACCCAAAGGGUUGAUGGCUACAACUUUUUUUCUUUUUUUAACAACUAAUUUUUCUUGCACUGUAGAAACUUGUCUUCCGAUUUACUUUUGACCUAUAAAGCUGUCUCUAAAUCGUAAUCCAUCACAGUAAUGAGCAAGUCCGUUCCGUCUUGGUAGCAUCGUGGUUUUGUGAUGCAGCUGUAGUUUAAAUGAGCUUUGAAAGCCAUAUUAAACUAACAAAUGUUAGGCUUUCAGCUUUGUCCCGUGUUGUGAUGCUUUAUUUUCCAGAUGUUAACAUCUUUAACGGCUGAUAAAAUGCUCCCAAAACUGAUGUAAAUUCUAAGGGCUAAAAACUACUGGCAUGAUCCUUCAAGUAUUACAGUUUAACUCUUCCUGUUUAUUUUGUAUUGAAAGCUGUGCCAAGUGAUAAAUGCAGUAGGAGUACUAUGCCUUUUAUUUACUGUGUGCUGAUCUACACAACUUGUCAACAAUGUCUUGCACAGAGGAGCUUUAUGAACGAAUAGAAUUGGGUCAUGUACAAAUUGUUUAUGGCAAUCGUAAAACAAAAACAGCAUGUAUAUGUUGAGGUAUAUAUUUUUUCAUUUUAGGUAGUUUGGCUGAUGUUUAACUUUAAACAUACAAACUGUGAACUAUAACUUAAGCUGCUUCAACUGUGCUACAUUUAGAAGUUUUGACAGAUUGUUGCCACCUUUUUGUUUUACAGCUGCAAAAACCAAACCUAGAAAUAAAUUUAUCAGUCUCCUAUGGCCAAUAUUUUUUUUAGAGAGGCAUUCGUAAUUAUAAUUUGGCAGCCUUUGAUAUUAGUCUAGUUGAACCUAAAAUGUUUGUGGUCCAUUUUUUGUUGAAGUUACAAAUCCAGGUUCUCCUUGGUGUCAACAUUUUAACAUUUAGGAAGAGAAAACAGUUGAUUUGUGUUUUCACUACUGGCCUGCUCAAUAAUUUUGUUCUUUGUCCAACAUUCCUGCAGCCUGAUGUGUAACGACACAUCUGUUGAGACAAGUCUGAUGAGGAAACUGAAUGUUACUGAAUGUGAAUCAAAGGAUUGUUAUUUUUGGCCACAAGAGGGCAACAAAACAGCAUUUUGGUGCCUCUUCCUUAUUCCGCUAUGGCAGCUUUGUUGUAAUCAGUGACUUUUUUCACAUUCAAAUACUUUCCCACAAUAAAGAUAAAAAAAAAAAAGUGAAAAUGCGGAUGUACUGAGCUUUCAAAGUUGUUUUGUUUAUGUGAAAGCUGUUAAUACUUUGAAAUAAUAUCCAAGUUCACACAAGAUUACCUAUCGCUUUAGAAGUCACAUUGAUUGUUGGGAAAACUGUGAAACUGUCAGGUGUCUGCAGUUUAAAAUAAUAAAAACCCAAACUAAACUUAA